AUGAAGAGCCCUGAAAGUCAGCCAACAAUAUCAGCCAUUCUUAAUAAAACUAAUAUUUGGAAACAUUCUGAUCCUAAAUCAAUAAUAAUUUCUAAAUUUAUAGGGGAAAUGAUAGCGUGUGACCACCAGCCGAUUUCAAUCUUGGAGGAUAUAGGCUUUAAAAGGCUUUUACAUCAUUUAUGUCCAAAUUACAAAAUUCCCAAUAGAAAGUAUUUUUCGCAAGGAGUUAUUCCGGAUAUAUAUGAAAAACUCUCCGAAAAAAUUCGUAAAGAAAUUUUGGUUGACGAUUCUUUUUUAUCCUUUACGGUAGAUAUAUGGACUAGAAAUUCAGGUGGCGAUUCUCACAUCUCAUUAACAUGCCACUAUAUAAACCAAAAUUUUCAACAAAUUAAUAGAGUUCUAAAUGUUAAAACAUUUAAUGAGUCGCAUACAGCAAUAAAUAUUGCUCAAAUUUUAGAUGAAAUUAUUAAUUAUUGGGAUAUAAAGAAAAAUAAAAUACACCUAAUCAUUAGAGAUAAUGCACCCAAUAUAACUUUGGCCAUGAAAAAUGGGAAAUUUCAAAGCGUUUCGUGUUUUGCACAUAGUUUGCAAUUGGUUGCACAGGCAGCAAUUUUAUCACAGAGAUCUAUUAUUGACAUGCUUGCCCGGGUUAGAAAAAUAGUAGGACACUUUAAACAUUCUUCUAUUGCACAAAAUUGUCUCAAAGAAAUCCAAAUUCGAUUAAGUCUAGCCCAGCACAAAUUAAUCCAGGAUGUGCCCACCCGUUGGGAUUCUACCUGUUAUAUGCUCGAAAGAUUGAUAGAACAAAAAAGGGCGGUACAGCUGUUCAUUAUCGAUAAUCCUAAUUUGGGAAAUCUCUCAUUAUAUGAGUGGGAAUUAGCAGAAAGGGUAAUUGAUGUUCUUGAACCAAUUCAGAGAGUAACAAAAGAAAUAAGUACGGAAUCAUGUUCAAUUAGCAAUGUUAUACCCUUUGUUGAAAUUCUGAAAAGUGAAUUAACAAUUAAUGGGGACACAGAUAGAGGUGUGCAGACUAUGAAGAAUACCACUAAUAAUCAAUUAACAACUCGGUUUUUUGAUAUUUAUGAUGAUGACAAUUAUGUUGUCGCAACAUUACUUGAUCCUCGAUAUAAGGAUUUCUUUUUGCCAAAAAACAUAUCAUACAUAGAAAAGCUCAGGACUGCAUGUAAUGACAAUGAGAAAAAUGUUCCACAUAACAUUAAAAAAUGCAAAUUUAAUUUAAGGGAUGCUUAUAAAUUGAAAAUCAAAGAAAAACUAGUAAUAAAUGAAAUCGAUAAAAACUCGAAUAACAUUGAUGAUAUUGAUAUUAUAUCCCCAGUGAAUCCACUUGAAUAUUGGAGAGUUAAUGCUGUAAAUAUCCAACUUUAUCAACACUUGCACGUAAAUUUUUGGCUCCUCCAGCAACAAGUGUCUAUCUGA